CUGGCGCGCGCGCGCGCCUCCGUGAAAGGAAACAAGGCCCUAGUCUUGCACUGAACGUCUUUCGGGCUGUGAGACACAAGCGUGUCUUUUCGUAGAGGUCGUCCAGCGAGGGACGGAGGAGGAGAGGAAGGGGCAUGCCAUUGGCACGGAGUUUCUCUGUCACCUCCUUGUCGGGGCUGGAUGAGUGGGACGAUGAGUUUGAUUUGGAUGAUGCAGUUCUUUUCGAGAUCGCAUGGGAGGUGGCUAAUAAAGUUGGAGGGAUCUAUACAGUGAUUCAGACGAAGGCCCGUUUGACCUGUGAGGAAUGGGGAGAGAACUACUUCUUAGUGGGGCCGUACAUGGAGUCCAAUGUCAGGACACAGGUUGAGCUUAUUGAGCCCACCAAUGCAGCACUCAGGAGGACCAUUGACAAAAUGAACAGCAGUGGCUGCAAGGUGUAUUUUGGCCGCUGGCUAAUUGAGGGUUCUCCAUAUGUGGUCCUGCUGGAUGUGGGCUUCACGGCCUGGUCUUUGGACCGCUGGAAGAGUGAGCUGUGGGAGAACUGUUCUAUUGGAGUUCCCUGGUUCGAUCGGGAGGCCAAUGACGCUGUCCUCUUCGGAUUCCUCACUGCCUGGCUGCUCGGAGAGUAUGCAGCGCAGUGUGAAGACCCUCCACACAUCCUGGCUCAUUUUCAUGAAUGGUUGGCUGGUCUGGGCCUGGUUUUGUGUAGACAGCGGCAGUUACCCGUAGCAACCAUUUUCACCACACAUGCCACGCUGCUCGGUCGAUACCUAUGUGCCGGCAAUGUUGACUUUUACAACAACCUUGCAGAGUUUAAUGUAGAUAAGGAGGCGGGAGAUAGGCAGAUCUAUCAUCGCUACUGUUUGGAGCGGGCUGCAGCACGCUGUGCUCAUGUUUUCACCACUGUGUCUCAAAUUACGGCCAUUGAGGCCGAGCAUCUGCUGAAAAGGAAACCAGAUAUUGUUACCCCAAAUGGUUUAAAUGUGAAAAAGUUCUCAGCCAUGCACGAGUUCCAGAACCUGCACGCUCAAAGCAAGGCUCGCAUUCAAGAGUUCAUCAGAGGCCACUUCUAUGGACAUUUAGAUUUUAAUCUGGAUAAGACCGUCUUCCUGUUCAUUGCUGGGCGCUAUGAGUUCUCAAAUAAGGGAGCCGAUAUUUUCCUAGAGGCACUUGCUAGACUCAACUACCUCUUGAGGGUAAACCACAGUGAUGUUACAGUGAUAGCGUUCUUCAUCAUGCCUGCUCGCACCAACAACUUCAACGUGGAGACGCUGAAAGGCCAAGCCGUACGGAAACAGCUCUGGGAUACAGCCCAGACUGUGAAAGAGCGCUUUGGGAAGAAGCUCUAUGAAUCAUUAUUAGUUGGGCAGUUGCCAGAAGUGUCUAAAAUGUUGGAUAAGGAAGAUUUCACCAUGAUGAAGAGGGCCAUCUUUGCCACACAGCGCCAGUGCCUGCCACCCAUCUGCUCCCACAACAUGCUGGAGGACAGCACUGAUCCCAUCCUCACCUGCAUCCGCCGCAUAGGCCUCUUCAACAGCUCUCAGGACCGGGUUAAGGUGGUUUUCCAUCCAGAGUUUUUGUCCUCUACCUCUCCCCUUCUGCCCAUGGACUAUGAGGAGUUUGUUAGGGGCUGCCACCUUGGGGUCUUCCCCUCUUACUAUGAGCCCUGGGGAUACACACCCGCUGAGUGUACUGUGAUGGGAAUCCCAUCAGUCUCCACUAACCUCUCUGGAUUUGGUUGUUUCAUGGAAGAACACAUAGCAGACCCAUCUGCCUACGGAAUCUAUAUACUGGACCGGCGGUAUCGCAGUGUGGACGAGUCAUGUAACCAGCUGACCUCUUUCCUUUUCCAGUUCUGUCAGCAAAGCCGCAGGCAGCGCAUUAUUCAGAGGAACCGCACAGAGCGCCUCAGUGACCUGCUGGACUGGAGAUACCUGGGCCGGUACUAUGUAUCUGCUCGCCAUAUGGCCCUGGCCAAAGCCUUCCCUGAUGCAUAUGUCUAUGAGCCCCAUGAUCCCACCUCGACCACAGGCUUCCGUUACCCACGGCCUGCCUCAGUGCCACCCUCCCCUGCCCACUCACUCCACUCCUCCCCCCAUCACAGUGAGGCUGAGGAUGAGGAUGAGAGAUACGAUGAAGAGCUGGAAGCUGAGAAAGACCGCGUGAAUAUCCGCCAGCCUUAUAGUGUACCGCACAAGAACAAGAGCCUGCCAGCUGACCCAGCUGACCCAGCUGAACCAGCUGACUCAGUUGAAUUGCCUGAGAAAAACUGACACUAUACACAUGCACUUGCUCAUGCACACGCUUUACCUCCUUUUGCAACAUUUCUUCAUGCACACACACUGCUAACGCACUCCUGACCUAUUCCCUGCCUGUUGGUUCUGCAGUUACUGGGAUUGAGGAGUAAAGAGAGAUAUUUAUGUGAGAAAGCUAUAUGAUAUAGAAUUCUUAUUACUGUGAGGAGCUACUAUAUUUAUUGAUGUCUUCCACGUGUUUUUGUAGACUGAGUGACUGUACUAGAAAGACAUUUAAAUCUGAACAUGUUAAUUCAAUCAGAUCGUUUUCUUAGUUCUCUUCAAUACUCCAGUACAUUGCUUCAAAAAGGUCAGUGAGAAUAAAGCUUAAGUAAUUUUUUCUACCAAAAAUGGGCUUAUAUCAAGACAAGGCAUUUUAUUGAUAAUUAGUAUUGGAGUAUACUGUGCAAUUUUGUUGCAACAACCUGAUCUUUCUAACUCCUUGCAUGUUCUUUAGCUUGUCCCAGUUUUAUGGCGGUUAAGGCAAAAUACCUGUUCUCUCAAAGAGUUUAGUACCUCAAGGUAAACAUCUUAAAGACAGAAUAAAUCCUUUCUCAAACAUC